GGGGGCAGAUCUCGGCGCAGACCAACCCACCGGCGAACUACAAAGGACCCCGGAGCUGCCAAUGUCCUCGGCCAUCGAAAGGAAAAGCCUCGAGCCCUCCGAGGAGCCAGUGGAUGAGGUGCUCCAAAUCCCCCCUUCCCUGUUAACAUGUGGAGGUUGCCAGCAGAACAUUGGGGACCGUUACUUCCUGAAAGCCAUCGACCAGUACUGGCAUGAAGACUGCCUUAGCUGUGACUUAUGCGGGUGCAGACUUGGAGAAGUGGGAAGGCGGCUAUAUUAUAAACUGGGCAGGAAACUGUGCCGAAGAGACUAUCUCAGGCUUUUCGGCCAAGAUGGCCUCUGUGCCUCCUGUGACAAGCGGAUCCGGGCCUAUGAGAUGACGAUGCGAGUAAAAGACAAAGUGUACCACCUGGAAUGCUUCAAGUGCGCCGCUUGCCAGAAACACUUUUGUGUCGGUGACAGAUACCUUCUCAUCAACUCAGACAUAGUCUGUGAGCAGGACAUCUAUGAGUGGACUAAGAUCAAUGGGAUGAUAUAGCUCACUUGUGCCUCAUGGUCUCCAAAUCCAUCUCAUGGGUGACACAAAUACCUAGCUGUGGUGAGGAGAUUAUCACUCACAACAUCUAUGAGCUUUGUCUAAGGAAAGGGGGGAAUACAACAGAAUAUACAGGCACCUCAUCAUGUACAAUUGCAGAUUGGGGACUGGAACAGUAGCAGGCAGGUGGAUUUCUGUUAGCAGUCAUGCUUUGGUGAUAAAACUGACAUUCUCUGAAGUGAUGGUGGAAGCUGGGGAAACAAUAUAAAAUAACAAUGGGUUCUCUUGACUGGAAAUAUAUUAGUGACAUGUAAACCGAUAUUAUGGCUUCAACACUUGGCAGACUAGGUUGUGCAACGAAAUGGGUUUGCGGUAUUUUCUUCCUUUCUGUUUACGCUAUUUAGACCAUGUUCCCAACAUUAAUACAAGAUGGGAAAAUGUCAGGAGGUGGGGAGGAGAGCAAGGAAAAUGGGACUCCCAUUCUUUUAAGUUCUGGAUGUGGAAAGAAUGCUUCUUUUUUGCAUGGAAACCAGUUUUUCCCAUUUGAGAAUGAAAAGUACAACCUUUUCUCUGCAAUGCUACAUCAGAUGCACCCUAUUUUAUACGUUUAAGUACUUGUGAGGUCAGUGGGACUUAAUGGCAUGUGACUAAUGCCAGACUGCAGUCUUCAAUGCUAAGCAAUCAUUUCAAGAAUUUAGGAUAGGCCUUUCGCUGCCAUUGAGUGUGAGAAAUAUCACCACUCAUUUCUAUACAAAUGUUAAUUGAAAAAAAUUGUCCAGCUAUUUUAUUAACUUAGGCAAUAUUAAUAAUUUGUUGUGUGUAGUAAGAUCCUGCAGAUUUAAUUAAAAAAUGACUGGUUUGA